AUGACGGACCCAGCACCAACGGCAUACCCGGCCUGGGUACCAGAGGACACUCCCAACCAGCAAGGCAGCGCUGGCCUCGACUCCAAACUCGAACCGGGCGCCAACUGGACACAAGUCGAGCACUGGACUCCCGAUGGCAAGCCCUACCUCAAGGAGUACGAGGGUCGGGGUCUGCUCGAAGACAAGAAGGUGUUGAUCACGGGAGGCGAUUCGGGUAUUGGCCGGAGUGUAGCAAUCUUGAUGGCAAGAGAAGGAGCAGAUGUCACGUUUGUCUAUCUGCCAGAAGAGGAGGAGGAUGCUAAGUACACCAUGAAGGAGAUUGAGAAGGCAGGGCGGAAGAGCCUGAAGUUUGCCAUGAACAUUCGGGAGGAGGAGAACUGCCGGAAGAUUGUUGACGAACACGUGAAGACGUUCGGCAGGAUAGACGUACUAGUCAACAACAGCGCCAUGCAAGAGGUUUGCACCGACAUGAAAGACAUCGACCUCGCCGUGGUCGAAAAGACCUUCCGCACCAACAUCCUUUCCAUCUUCGCAAUGACCAAAUUCGCACUCCCACACAUGCACCGCGGCAGCAGUAUUGUCAACUCCUGCUCCGUCGCUGGCUACAUGGGCAACCCCGAGCUCGUCGAUUACUCUGCCACCAAGGCCGGGAUCGCAACCAUGACCCGCUCCCUCGCACAGCAGCAAGCACCCAACGGCAUCCGAGUCAACGCAGUCGCACCAGGCAUCAUCUGGACGCCACUGCAGCCGGCGACGAAGGGCAAUCCCCCUAGCAAGAUCAAGGGCUUGGGCACUCAGACUGCACCUGUCGGACGCCCCGGUAUGCCUGUGGAGUGUGCGACAGCGUAUGUGUUCCUCGCGUCACCCCUGGGAUCGUACUUCACGGGCGAGGUGCUGCAUGGCACUGGUGGUCUGGAAAUGCAGGGAUGA